GGGUAAAACUCGAGUGAAAACAUGCCGUAACGCAGAACGAGUUAUUCAAUCUUCGGCGUAAUGCUCAUUUUGAUUUGAUUUGGAAACGCGGCGUCUUCAUCGUGUUUAUACACGUUCAUUUAAUCAGAUGUUAAAAUGAAAGUUGUGUGGAGUUUAAUGUGCGCUGUCACACUCGCAUCGGUUUGGUGUGAGGAACAUGCAGCUGAUAGAUCUCACAAUGAAGACUUUGUGCAGUUUGGACAUGUUCCUGACAGGAUGACGGACAGAAGUACUGUAGAAGUGCAGUUUAAGUGCUCUGCUGCCUGUAAAAUCGGGGUCGAAAUUGUUCUUUCCACCCCAACAAGGACCGGAGUGAUUGUCUACAGAAGGACGUGGACUAACCGUAAGUGGUUUGGACAACCCAGAUUUAGAAAGGUUCUUCUGGUGUUCCCUUCUGCUGUUUUGUACCAGAGAGACUUUUUCAUUAGGCGAACACUUGAGGCACGUGACGUGAUGGUGAGGUCCUGGUUGGUUCAUCUGGGUAAAAAGGACAUUGGUGAGGGAUAUAACCAGUCUCUAUUGAUGACUUUGACGUUUUUGAGGACACUACCAGCCUCUGAACGUCCAGUACGUCCACAGACGCGCUCCGUAUCAUGGGGGCCCUGGCUGAUGUGGCAAAUCAGUAAAGAUGCUUUCAAAAAAUGUCCACAUGAAUCAGAUAUUGUGGAUCUUCUUACUUUUCCAUUUGCAAGUACUGGUGAGAGUUAUGGCAUCUUACACACGUUCUCACCCUUCAAAAACAGAGAUCUGGAGAAGAGACGCAUCCUCAAACAACCCAGUGUGACUCUGUCAGUGUGGAUGUACCUGCUGAGCUGGUGUGGUCAGUCACUGUGUGGGAUUGUCAAGCAUGUCAAUAAGCAAAGAAAAUAUGGAACCCCACUCGUCAUGCUGUCUAACAAAGGUAAUAUAGUGAUACAGGUGCGAAUGGUGAGUGGAAGGGAACAAGCAUUUACAGCACACACAACUCUACCUCUCCGCACCUGGAUCUGUCUGGAUAUCUUCUUUCAGGAGUCAAAGACAAAACUCACAAUAAAAAAUGUUACACCUACCGGAAAAACACAGAUGGCCACUCAUAUAUACGAUUUUCAUGAGCCAGUUCAAUUUGAUGACACAUCUGGACAUUUUGUGAUUGGUGGAUGCAUCUACAUGCCAGGGAUUCGUGGCUAUGUGGGACCAAUAAGAUAUUAUCGUUUAGGCAAUGAAACGGUGAAAAACCCCCUGACCCCAGUUAACACAUUACAGAAGCUGGACAGACUCCACAGAUACUGUGAUGAAAUGAGUCAUGUGACUGAACUUUAUCUGCAGGCGUUGAGAGAGAACAGCAACAACUCUACAGGGGUUUGUGAAUCUUAUUAUGUGGAUAUGAAGAAGUUAUUUGGCCGUAGAGAAUGUACACAGACUUGGUCCUGGGACCAGCACACAAGAUUCAACAGUACCCUGAGGCUUCUGACGGACAACCAGCGAAUCUUAGCAGGUCAACCAAACAGCAAUAAAUAUUUGAAGGCUCUGAGCUGGGUGAUUUUCCAGGAUAUGUUGAAGAUAAUAUCUAAAGCAGAAGACCAAGAGCUCAUGUCUGGUGUUAUAGAGUUACUCGAGAUGUCCUCCUGCUGGGGUCACCACCACUCCUCUCUUCUACUUGCCACAAUACAUCUGGCUGGCCUGGGCAUACCUGUGGACCUGGAGCAGGGCCAGGUUUAUAGUCUGAUAGGCGGGGUCUCUGAUGACCGCCUCUCUCUCAUGCAUUUGGGAUACAAGCACAUGCAGGGUCUCGAUGGAUUCCCUAAAGACCAAAAUACAGCCAACGGCUACUAUGCCAACAUAGGCAGACAGACCUGCAUCGAUCUUGAUCAAUUACAUGACUCCGGGCAAACAAUCACAGAACAUGUUCACUUAAACAAUGCUGAGGAGCUCCAGACUCAAACGGGUGAAUCGGGCGAUGUUGUGCAGUUUUUGAAAUACAAGGCAGAGAGAGGAGAUGUAGAUUCACAGAAAUCUCUGGCCAAGAUUCUUCUUUGGGGCAGUAAUGGGGUGGAAAAAGACAUCCGAGCAGCGGUGAUGUGGUACGCCAGGAGCGCCCAGCAGAUGGCCGAUCCCACAGCCAUGUACGACUACGCCAUUCUCCUUCUGAAGGGAACAGGGCUACGUAAGAACCAAACGCUUGCCCUUGAGCUCUUGAAGAAAGCUGCAGACAUGGGUUAUGCAGAAGCACUGAACGGACUCGGGUGGUACUACAGUACAAUCAAAAAGGACAAAAGACGUGCAAUGCGAUAUUUUGAGCUGGCAGCUCAAAAUGGCAGUCGUGAUGGGAUCUUCAAUUUGGGCAUCUACCAUCUGAAUGGUGAAAACCCAGAUAACCCACUCAAGAAUGAGACAGCAGCGAUGCAGUAUUUUCUGCGUGCCGCUCAGUUGGGUCACGUGGAAGGAGCUGUGGAGUCUGCAACGUUUUUCUCCUCUGGAACCAUACAAGGAGUGAACAGAGAUCAAGAAAAAGCUGUUCUGCUACUGAAGCGAGUCAGUGAGUUAAAUGGACACUUGGGCAUCAUGGUUAAGGAAGCUCUCCAAAUAUAUCUAAGAGGAUCAUGGGAUGAAGCGUUGGUGAAAUAUGCCAUGUUAGCUGAAAUAGGUCUCGGUGUGGCACAGCACAAUGCCGCUCAUCUGUGUGAGGUUUUAAAUCACAGUUCGGCCUGUCAGUUGAGAUAUUACAAUUACUCAACACACAAUUACAUCCCUCAGGAAUCUGGUUUGUUGAGGAUGGGAGAUUAUUACAUUGAUAUGGGUGAUAUGACGAAGGCCAUGAACAUGUAUGGGGUAGCAGCGGUGCACGGCAGUCCUGAGGGUCUGUUUAACGUGGUCAUGUUGAUUGAAGAGGGCCAUGAUUUUCCGAAGAACAUUCUGGAUCAAAUGAAAAUCUCAGUAGAAGACAGAAGCAGCCAAGCUGUGGUUAGGAAGCUCUUGUCCAGGUGUCGGGAAUUAGAAGCGCGGAACGAUGCCUUGACUCCAUGUUCUUUAGUCCUGUGGAGGGUGGAAGUGAGGCAAGCAUGGGAAGACUUCACUCACAGCUCCAUUCACCUGCCGCUGGCCUUUGGGACCAUCGCCAUGCUCACAGUUUUUGUGUUGACCACACUGUUUCAAUGUCUUCUGGCAUGUUACUCUGCCGUGUCUCAUUCAACCAACCAGUCAUCAGAGAUCCGGCAUGAUCCCCCACGAGAGACUCAGAGCAGUCAGCUGGAUUCCAACACACAUCAGCAACACACACAACAGUGGUACGGUGAAAGGAGUCGGGAUGCGCACAUCAGCCACUCACUGCAGGAAACAGCAGAUUUAAUCGUCACGGCGACGGGAGUCUGUGUUUGUGUGAUCUUCACUAUGCUCAUUUCCCAUCUGCUGUAAAAGGAGGACAAAUGUUUUGUUUAAGAUGGGACAUUUGUUACACACUUCACAAGAAGGAGAACAAAAAAGAAAAAAUAUAUUCAAAGAGUCACGGUCUUUCCUAAUCAGCACAGAGCCAAAACUCAAUGGUGUGUUAAAUAAUGGUGACAACAUUGUUCAACAUUUGAUAAACAAAUGACCCCAGAUUGACAUUACAUUAUUGUUAAAGACGAUUGAAUAGACUUGAACACUUGCAUGGUGUUUAUGUUUUUGUUAUUUUGCCGAUGUUCACAGGUCUAGUAUACCCAAAGCAUUACUCUUCAUUAUUUAAAUAAGUGGUUCUCAAACUAGAGGCAGUGCCUCCCAAGAUGCCCAUACAUUGAUCCAGCGGAUCACAGUUUUUAUGGCAUUUUAUGAAAUAUAGAAAUUGUACAAUCGUAUAUGUUUUGUUUAGAUUCAAAUUAAAGUUCAUAAGUCUUUAUUCGGGGGGAGCCAAAUACCACAAAGAGGGCCUAACACCAUGUCUAUAAUGGAUGCGAUACAUUACAAUCCAAUUACAACCUGGGAUUGUUGCACCGCACCGCGCCACGUCCGAGGUGGACUAAUUUUUUAAUUAUAAUGUUCUAAUGCAUUCCAUUGUCUCCUGUCUCGUAGACACUGUUUAACAUUAACAUUAAUACACUCAAAAAAAUAAUAUGUUGGACUAACUUAACUUUUUUAUGUCAUCUGGUUGCACGUAACUGGAUUACAUUGAAAUUAAAAAACAUUUUUUAUUUCAGUAAAUGUUAGUUAAUUGCUUAAGGUAAAAGCAAUGUUGUUUAGUUGAAUCAAUUUA